AAAUUUGUCGCACUUUUAAAUUAACGGGCUACUGGCACGCUUUGAGUGUCAAUCGGAAUGACUGUUUCAGGAACUCUUUAUACUCCACAAGGAUACCACAGGUCAUGGAGAGCUCAAAUAGCUGCUCAGUUCAGCAAUGCAAAUCUGAAGGUUGUGAACUAUAUCCCCGGCGAAACAGAUACUGAUGCAUCCUUUCUUGCCAAGUUUCCUCCUGCUACUGUCCCGGUAUUUGAAGCACAAGAUGGCACUUGUCUUUUUGAAGUGAAUGCCAUAGCAUAUUAUUUGGGAACCGAUCAAUUAAGAGGUGGACAAAAUGCGAAUUACGUAACGCAGUGGGCUAACUAUGCAGACAAUUGCAUACUUCCAUCAGUUGCUACAUGGGUGUAUCCGUGUCUUGGGAUCACACAGUUCAACAAACAGAGCACAGAUAAAGCCAAGACUUGCUUGGCGUCUGUACUAAAGUUUCUGAACGAGCAGCUUAGCAAGGUGACUUUCCUUGUAGGUGAUCGGUUGUCUCAAGCCGAUAUUACUGUAUUCACUGCACUCCAUCCGUUGUUUACGCACGUUUAUGAGGAAAAGGAUCGAAAGCCGUUUCCUCAUGUUGUACGCUGGUAUACUACUGUUGCAAACCAACCGGAGGUGAUCAAAGUAGUAGGAGAGUCUUCGUUCUGUAUCAAGGCUGCUCAGUUUGAUGCCAAGAAAUAUGCAGCGUUACACUCAAAGACUUCUGAUGUUAAGCCAUCGAAGGAAGUAAAGAAGGAAAAGCCCAAGAAGGAGGCUCCAGCUAAGAAGGAAAAGCCCGUUGAUGAUGAUGAAGAAGAGGAAGAGGAACGUCCCAAGCCGAGCAAAAAUCCUCUUGCAAAUUUACCUGCAGGGAAGUUUGACAUGGACGCAUUCAAAAGAGUUUACAGCAAUAUGGAUAUUGAAAAAGAAGCAAUACCAUAUUUCUGGAGUAACUUUGAUCCAGAAACACAUUCUAUAUGGUUCUGUGAAUACAAGUAUCCUGAAGAGCUUGCGUUGAUCUUCAUGACAUGUAAUCUUGUGAGUGGAUUCUUCCAACGAGUUGAAAAAUAUGCGUUGAAGACCCUUAAUCCAGCUACUCAUUUGAUAUCCACUUUGUUUAAUUACAGCAACGUAAACUAAUAAGGAUUCAUACGCUUUUACAUGGUGCCUAGGAGUUUAAGUUUCAUUUUGUGUUCAGGGUUGGUUUUCAACUUCGUCUCCGUAAACAAUUAACAGUUGAUCCACCUCAUUCUUCCUUUUACAGGAUGAUCAAAUAUGCAUUUGCUAGUAUGUGCAUUUUCGGAGAGAACAACAAUAACACUGUUAGUGGUCUUUGGAUCUGGCGCGGCACUGGUCUUGUUUUUGAGAUGGAUGAAGAUCUUCAAAUCGACUACGAGUCCUACAACUGGCGAAAGUUGGACCCUUCCAUGGAAGAAACUAAGCGUCUUGUGCAUGACUAUUUCACCCACAAAUUCCAAGACAAACCAUUCAACCAAGGCAAAAUAUUCAAGUAAAAAUAAAGUAUUCGACUUUUCUGGAUG